AUGCGUAAGUUCGCAAGAAGCAUUGGCUCUGAGGGCAAAGUCAGAGAAAACCGGGAGGCCAGUGUCCUGUCUCGUGCGGCCGUCACUCAGUUGUUGUUUUGGCACUCGCUGCCUAAGCACGCUGUUGGUGGUCGUUUCGGCGAUUGUGAAGGCUACCUUCCAGAGAUGCGUCUUCGGGCGUGUUUGUGA